AUUUUUGUUAUAAAAAUGGUCCAAAAUUUCUUCUUCGAAAAAGUAAAAAAUCAGUUUGAUUUGUUUAAAACUUUUCAAUCAUAAUAUAAAUUCAUAAAAUUCAAUUAUGGAUCAAAAUAAUUUACAAAAUAAUCAAAAUGAUCCCACGUUUAAUUUACAAUCUACUGCGGAACAACAUAAUAAUAAUUAUGUGAUUGCCGACUCUUCCACAAACAAUUACUCACAUCAACAACCCACUUAUAAUGAAAAUAUCACUUCAACUUUGCCUCCAGGUAGCUUGCCGUGUGUUCCUGGUCCACAACAGACUAUUGAAAAUACUACUUUUCCGCUUAAUUCGUUUAACAUGAAUAGUAUUAUUCAAGCUGGAAUUCUCAGUAUUGACAUCCCAAGGUAUAAAAUUAUCGUCACACCUAUUCCACUUAAUCCGUUUCACAAUCAAUCUGGGAUUCGUAGUUUUGAUAUCCCAUGGUAUAAAAUUAUCGUCACACCUAUUCCACUUAAUCUGUUCCCCCAUCAAUCAGGGGUUCUUAGUUUUGAUAUCCCAGGGCAUAAAAUUAUCGUCACACCUUUUCCACUUAAUCCGUUUCAACCUGGAAUGUUUUACUUUGAUACCCCUGGGUAUAAAGUUAUCUUCAUGCCAACUCCUUCUCAACAGGAAGAUACUUAUUUGAAUAACACCCAAUUUACUCAAUUUCAACAAUAAAAUUUUC